CACAUCAACCUCUUACGCAAUUCAGAGGCUCCUCCGAAGUCCGAAGCAGCAACAGCUUCCUACUUCUUAAAACUGAAAAACAGAGGAACCUCUGUCUGUCCCCUGUCUAUAUCUCAAGUGGUCUCAACAAAAUAAAAACAGCAUCCCCAUGAAGGUUUGUAUAGAUCAUCAAUAUCCACACUAGAUUUAAAGUUGAAUCAAUCACGCGCUCAAAUUCUUUAUUUUGAUCUAUGCAUCAAACAAUGGCGAUUAAGGUUUCGAUGAACGGGCAUAAAUCCCGAUCAAAAGCCAUGAAGAUUGCAGUAGGUCUCCCUGGUGUGGAGUCGGCGGCUUUGAAAGGCGACGAUAAGACCCAGAUUGAGGUGAAGGGAGAUGGAGUUGACGCAGCUCAGCUAACGAUGUUGCUGAGAAAGAAAGUGGGAUUUGCAGAGCUAGUGAGCGUGACGGCUGAGGGAGGAGAAAAGAAAGAGGAAAAGAAAGAAGAACCCAUGGUGCAGGCUCUGGUUUGGCCGUCUACAACGCCUUAUUGUGUCUAUGAGUUCCCACCGGCGAGCCAGUACCAUGACCCCUGCUCCAUCAUGUGAAAGAAAGAUUUAAGCGUGUAUAUAUAUAUAUAUAUUGAACAUUUUUAUCAUAUAACCGACUAGAACCGUUGUUUUUGAGAGAGAAAAAUAAACUUUACAGGAGUGGCUAACAUCACUCGCCCAUAGGAUUAGGUUCGAUUUAAACAUAUAUGUUAGCAAUAAAGAUUGAAAAAUUAAUAUAUAGAAAUGUUCUUUUCAUAUAUACUAGUUUUCAAUGCCCAGGAAAUUAAUUAUUUAAUUUUUG